AUGGCUGUUGGCAAUGGAAUUUCUCUUUCCAUAUUGGAUUAUUCAUUCAAUGAGACAGACGGUAGUGAGCAUAUACAAUAUCUACCCAUAGCCAUGGAGGACACCUUUGGUCUGUCAGACCGUGAAAAGUUUCCCUCCGGGAAAGAGAUGAAUACUGAGAGCCAAUUCGCAGCAAAUAAACAGAAGAAAAAUUUAUCCAACAAUGGAACCGCUCCAAUUUCAAUGUCAAAUUAUUCUAUCAUGUCGUUGCCAUGCGAGUCAGAUGGUACUGAGCUUGACCAAUAUCUGACCAUGGACAACACCUUUGAGCUGCGGAAACAUGAAAUGUUUCCUUCUGGGGAGGAACUCAAGAGCCAUAAUUUAUUUCAUAUCUUUCCUUUUGAUGAGGAACUGGUAAACAAUUAUAAAAUGUCUGGACAGUUGAACGAAAAUUCUCACUCAGGGAAUUCGCAGACAGUAAUUGAUAUUUCCGUGCCAGGAGAACAAUAUCGUGUUUGCGCUAAGGAUAGCUCAGAUCACGAGGAUAUGAAUGGAGAGGAAGAGGAAGGGCUGGAAUUGGUUCAACUUCUGCUAGAGUCUGCACGAAUGAUAGGCGAGGGCAAAUAUGAUCACGCUGCUGGACUGGUGAGUAAAUGCCAAAAUUUGUCUUGUCAGCAGGGGAAUCCAACACAGAGGCUCGGCUAUUAUUUCUCUGGCGCCCUGCAGGAGAGAAUCAAACGCCAGAGUCUUGGCAUAUUAAACAAUCCAGCCAAACCAGUCCCAGAUUUUGCCUACAAUAUUGAAGGUGAAUUUGACAAAAAUGAGUUUUACAGUCUCCUUGCUUACUAUAAUAGAGUUCUGCCCUUUGUUAAUGUAAUGCAGUUCACGUCUGUGCAGGCAAGCAUAGACGUCGUGGGGAAUGCCAAGAAAAUUCAUGUAAUUGAUCUAGGAAUUCGAAAUGGUUCGCACUGGACGGUAUUGAUGGAAUAUCUUGCACAUCGAUCCGUUUCUUCUUCUUUCCGUAGGCUAGAGCUUCUCAAGAUUACAGCAGUUGGGAUAAAUGGUGAAGAGCUUAGGAAAAGCGGAAAACGACUUCAUGAGCUGGCAAAAUCUUUGGCGAUUCCGUUUUCGUACAGUAUUAUGGAGAUCCCUAAUAUAGAGGAGAUUAAGGAAGGUUUAUUCAGCGUUAAAUCUGGUGAGGCGUUGGCAGUUUAUGCUCCAAUUGUUCUGAGAAGUUUGUUAUACGACCCAGUCCUUCUGGACAAUCUCUUAAUUGUUAUCAAGAAACUGAGGCCAAUGGUAAUGGUGAAUAUUGAAAUAGAAUCCCAGCAUAAUUCUCCUUCUUUUGUCAAUAGAUUCAGAGAGGUACUUUCCCAUUACAUGGCGUAUUUUGAUCUGUUCGAUGUUACCUUAAAAGAUAGAAAUGAUAUGAAGAGGGUGAAGCAUGAAGAAAUAAUUACUGGAAGUCAGAUAAGGAAUAUGAUAGUCUAUGAGGGGAAGGAGAGGACUGUUAGGCAUGUUAGAAAUGAUGUGUGGACGUGUUUCUUCAAACAAGCAGGGUUCAGGGAAAGGAGCUUCAGCUUUCAAGCUAUGUAUCAGGCUAGAUUGUUACUACAAGAAUAUGCUUCCGGAGAAUAUUAUAGUCUGGAAGCCCAUGGACAUGCCAUAAUUGUAAAGUGGAAAGGAUCACCAUUAAUUGCACUCUCCGCAUGGGGUGGUAUCAACUGA